UCUGUGUUAAAGAGGCCAUUGAGGGGGUUACCCUCAUCACAACCGUAUGGGCAUUCAGACAUUCAAUGGCUCUUCUAAGGCCACACGACUAUCUGUGGAAGUUAUUCAGUGCCAAGCUGACCGGAGUGGUGAGAAAAUGGCAGAGCAACCCAUCUCCAUUACAACUGCUGUUCUUGGACGGCCAUUCCAGUUGGGGAUGCUUUAUGACUGUCGCAGUGAUCAGCUUGUCCCAGGGGUGACACUCUGGAGUAAGUCCGUCCUGGAGAAAGACAUCAGCGUUAAAUCACAACGUCUUACGGAGUAUUCACUGGAGACCUCCAACUCUCUGACUGAUAAGUCCAAGGCACUCAAUAUAAAUGCAUCAUUGAGGGGAAGUUUUGCCUGUGGCCUUGUAGAGGUUGGCGGUUCAGCUAAGUACCUGAACAACAGCAAGUCCUCCAAGAAUCAAGCUAGAGUGACCCUGAAUUACUUCAUGACCACCAUGUUUAAGCAGCUGACAAUGAGUCAUCUCAGUAGAAACAACGUCACGUAUGAAGAAGUGUUCAGGCAGGGGACGGCGACUCAUGUGGUUACAGCGAUUCUGUAUGGAGCUCGGGCCCUCAUGGUGUUUGACAGAGAUGUUUCUAAAGACGAAUCUACUCAUGCCAUUGUAGGAGAAUUAAAAGUAUCGAUAAAGAAAAUCCCUCACUUUACCAUUCAUGGCAAAGGAUCAGUGGACUUGUCUGCUAAAGAGAAAGAGGAAGCUAAAAAUAUCCGGUGCACUUUCCAUGGAGACUUUUAUAUUCGUGAACUUCCAGUUGACUAUUUAACAGCCCUAGAUGUGUACAAGAAACUGCCCAGUUUCCUGGGUGAAGAUGGUGAGCAUGCAGUGCCCGUCACUGUGUGGCUUUACCCCCUCAGUCUGCUGGACUCCAGUGCUGCCAGGCUGAUGUAUGAGAUCAGUACUGACCUGGUCACCCAGGCAGAGUGUGUGCUGGACUCUUUACUAGAGGCAGAGAUGAUGUGUGAUUAUCUUUUAACAGAGUCCUUAGUCAAGAGCUUCUACAACAUAGAAGAGAAAAUCAGCAAAUUCAAAACUCUGAUUGAGAGGUACAAGCUGUAUUUUCAAAAGAGGCUCGCUCAGAUUUUGCCAUCAGUUCGGGGAGGAGCAACAAAUGCAACUGCACUAGGUGACAUCCUUGAGGUACAUGGGACAUCACCAUUCAGUCAGCACAAGUUAGAGGGCUGGCUGUGCUCACUGCAGACUGAGAUUAGGGUGAUUGAGGCUCUGAUUAAGGGUAUGGAAGACAGCAAUGUAUCACUUCUAACUGGAAGGUUUGAUAGAAUAGAGCCUUUGAUUUUUGAGCCAAACAUUAACUACAUUGUGGACUUUAAUUUCAACUUGUUAAGCAAAGAAAGCAAAAGUUUAAACACAAUGGAAAAUUAUUUUAUAUCUGAAGAAAUAAGUGGUAUUAGAAGCACUGAUAUGGUGAACAAUGACGAGUGGGUACAUUCACAGGUGAACUGUGACAAAAUAAGACUGAGAAGAAAACUAUUUCUUGAUUUUGCAAGUAACAACCAACAGAAUGAAGCCACCAAGUUUGUGGUUACUAGCAGGCCUGUUGAGAUGCAAGAAAGCAGUUCAAUUCUCUUGUAUUGUAAAGGGGAGCUGCGUAGCUCAGACUUUGAGCCCCCUUCAACUCCAGAUGUUCCUAAAAUAUUAAAAACAUCAAGUCAAUCAGCAGAAAUAGAGCUCUCACUCCCGCCUCAUGGAUCAAAUGAGACAAUAAAGUAUCUGGUGCAGUUCCGAAAACACACUGAGAGACAGUGGAGGUCACAGAUGACGAGAGACACCGAGAAAUGUUUCACUCUGGAAGGUCUUCAGAGGUCUACACAGUAUGACGUGAGAUAUGCAGCCAUCUGUGAGGUCGGAGUGGGACCUCCUAGUGAAGUCAUCUCUGUGAACACUGGAGAACCAGAAUCAGCCAGCUUCUGCUGUGAACAUCUAGAGAAGUUUGACCUGUCAUGUAACAAUAUCACUGAAGACAUCAUAAAAAUACUGGCGCUAACUCUCCACCUCUACAGACGUGUCAGCCUGUGGUCAUGUCGUCUCACUUCCACAUGUUGCUCAGCUCUCUCCUCAACUCUUUCUUCUCCACACUCACAACUGACUGAACUGGACCUGAGCUACAACAUACCACAGGCCUCCAUGGACUUCUACCCCUUUGAAUUGUUGUACGGACGACAACUCCUGGGCAUUUUGGACAUCCCAAAAGAAGAAUGGAACGAGGCACAUCCUUCAACAAACAUACUGGAAAGUAUUGCGCAGUUACACAAUAAAUUAGAUAAAAUCCAGCCACUACUUACAGAACACAUGGCAAAAGCUCAGGCAGCACAGGCCCGCUUCUACAACUGUGGCAUGACCUUCUGCGAGUUUUAG